UGUAACGAUAGUGUCAUGAGUUCUAUGCAAUGUCAAAUAAAAAAAAAUAACAUAUUGGCUCUGAUCGUUGACGUACACGUCAUUGCAUUUGUGGAAGAGGUUGUUUUAGAAAUUACAAAAAUGAGAUUCUUUUUAAUUUUAGGAUUUUUAACGUAUGUUGUUUCAGCUGCAACUGUACAACAGACUCUUGUGCUUGUAGACAACCUAAGUAUCAGAGAAACACAUUCCCAGUUCUUCAAAUCUCUGCAAGAUCGUGGUUAUUCCCUAACGUUCAAGCUUGCCGACGACGCGAACCUCGUAUUGUCUAAAUAUGGCGAGUAUUUGUACAAGAAUCUGAUCGUGUUCGCGCCGUCAGUGCUGGAGUUCGGCGGGCAGGUGGACAGCGAGGCAAUCACCAAGUUCAUCGACGAUGGCGGCAAUUUGCUCAUGGCGGGCAACGCAGCAGCUGGGGAUGUCUACAGGGAGAUAGCUUCAGAGUGCGGAUUUGAGAUGGAUGAAGAGUCAGCAGCGGUGAUUGACCAUUUCAACUAUGAUGUAUCGGAUGAUGGUGACCAUACGAAGAUUGUGGUCUCUCCCAAGAAUCUCAUCAGCUCUCCAAUGAUAGUGGGAGAGCACAACACCCAGCCAAUCCUGUUUGAAGGCACCGGUCUGAUUGUUGACAAGGAUAACAGCUUGGUGCUGCCAAUCCUGACUGCGGACUCAACUGCAUACAGCUAUAACCCUAAGAGCCAGGUUAAAGAAUAUCCUCAUGCUGUUGGUCGCAAGACUGUCCUGAUUGCAGCUUUACAAGCUCGCAACAAUGCACGCAUUGUGUUCAGUGGGUCUCUCUACUUCUUCUCUGAUGAAGCUUUCAGCUCCCCAGUGUCUAAAGUUCAUGGAGACAAGCUAAAGUCAGACCUGUCUGGCAACAAGUUCCUGGCUAUACAUCUGAGCCAAUGGGCGUUUGGCGAACGCGGCCGUCUGCGGGUGCGCAACGUUAACCACCACCGCCAAGGGGAGAAGGUUUCCUCCAACACUUACACCAUUAUGGAUACUGUUGUGUACAGAAUUGAAAUUGAAGAGCUGAAAAACGGUAAAUGGCAGCCAUUCGAAGCCAAGGAUGUGCAGCUGGAGUUUGUGCGUAUCGAUCCGUUCAUCCGCACCACACUGCAGAAGCAACCCAAUGGAGUGUACGAGGCUAUCUUCAAGGUGCCGGAUGUGUGGGGCGUGUACCAGUUCAAGGUUGAUUAUGACAGGAUAGGGUACACCAGGCUUUAUCAUACCACUCAGGUGUCAGUCCGCCCGCUGCAGCACACGCAGUACGAGCGGUUCAUCCCCAGUGCGUAUCCGUACUACGUAAGCGCCUUUUCCAUGAUGAUUGGCGUGUUCCUCUUCUCCUUCGUGUUCCUCUACUACAAGGAGGAAACACCUAAAACUAAGAGUGAAUAAGAAGUUCUUUAGUCAUGUAGCAGAAUGUCUUAGUGUAUGAGUUUCUGUGUAUUGUGCGUGAAUUUUAAAAUAAAUGUUAUUUUAAUUUAAA